AUGGCUGGUAAGCUUAUCCUCGUGGCUCUAGCAAGCCUUGUAUCACUCUCUAUUCAGCAGAAUUGCGCAGCAUUAUUUGGCCAAUGUGGAGGCAUAGGGUGGUCCGGCACCACAUGUUGCGUUGCUGGCGCCCAGUGCAGUUUUGUCAAUGACUGGUACUCCCAGUGCCUUGCGUCAACCGGCGGAAACCCCCCAAACGGAACAACUUCCUCUAGCUUGGUUUCACGGACGUCGUCAGCAUCCUCAUCCGUCGGCUCGUCUUCACCCGGCGGCAACUCACCAACUGGCAGUGCUUCCACCUACACAACCACAGAUACAGCUACCGUGGCUCCUCAUUCGCAGUCUCCUUACCCCAGCAUUGCCGCAUCCAGUUGCGGAUCGUGGACCCUCGUGGAUAAUGUUUGCUGCCCAUCAUAUUGUGCUAAUGAUGACACAUCCGAGUCAUGCUCAGGCUGCGGUACCUGCACUACGCCGCCCUCGGCGGACUGCAAAUCCGGAACCAUGUAUCCAGAGGUCCAUCACGUAUCCAGCAACGAGAGCUGGCACUACAGUAGAUCAACCCACUUUGGCCUAACGAGCGGCGGGGCCUGUGGCUUUGGCCUGUACGGUCUCUGCACAAAGGGCAGUGUUACAGCCAGCUGGACGGAUCCCAUGCUUGGCGCGACGUGUGACGCUUUUUGUACAGCGUAUCCCCUGCUUUGCAAAGACCCUACCGGCACUACCCUUCGUGGCAACUUCGCAGCUCCAAACGGCGAUUACUACACCCAAUUCUGGUCCUCGUUGCCAGGAGCCCUCGAUAACUACCUGUCCUGCGGCGAGUGCAUUGAGCUGAUACAAACAAAGCCCGAUGGGACCGAUUAUGCUGUCGGAGAAGCCGGCUACACGGAUCCAAUUACUCUCGAGAUUGUGGACAGCUGCCCGUGCAGCGCGAACUCCAAGUGGUGCUGUGGUCCGGGCGCCGAUCAUUGCGGAGAGAUCGACUUCAAAUACGGCUGUCCUCUUCCUGCUGACAGCAUUCAUCUCGACCUGUCAGACAUUGCCAUGGGCCGUUUGCAGGGCAAUGGAUCACUAACCAAUGGCGUCAUCCCGACUCGAUAUAGAAGAGUCCAAUGCCCCAAAGUUGGGAACGCCUACAUUUGGCUUCGAAAUGGCGGAGGGCCUUACUAUUUUGCUCUCACGGCAGUCAACACCAACGGACCGGGCUCAGUCACCAAAAUCGAGAUCAAGGGCGCAGACACCGACAACUGGGUUGCCUUGGUCCAUGACCCAAACUAUACGAGUAGCCGCCCACAAGAACGCUAUGGCAGUUGGGUAAUCCCACAGGGAUCAGGGCCCUUUAACUUGCCUGUUGGAAUUCGUCUGACUAGCCCAACGGGGGAACAGAUUGUGAAUGAACAGGCCAUCAAGACAUUCACUCCUCCGGCCACAGGUGACCCCAAUUUUUACUACAUUGACAUUGGUGUGCAGUUUAGCCAGAAUUGA